CCUCCCCUCCCUCCCUCCCUCGCCUUCCCGGCUCUUGCUCUCCCUCGAGGAGGAGGAGGAGGAGGAGGCUCUCCCAAGGGAUUCCCUGAGAGGGAGAGGGAAGAGAGAGCCCCCUUCGCCUCCCUGGGAAUAAAGGCGGGCCUCGCUUCAGCCUCCAAGCCCGCCCUGGGGACACUCCCUGGAAGGGAGACCCAGCGGCUGUGGAGACCAUCCCAGGCUGGGAAAAGAGGGGCCACCACGCCGCUGUUGCUGCUGCUGAGGGAGAGCUGGAUACCCGCCCUGCAAAGUCCGAAUAGACCGAAGGGGGGCAAGGGAAGAAGAGCCAUCCCUGGCCUCUAGGGACAGACUGGAGCCUGGAAGAAGAGCAGCAGCCACAGCCAAGAGAGCUGAAAGGGGAAAGAAGACCCUCCUCAGUCAGCACACAGGGCCUUCAGGAAGAAGAGCAGUCACAGCCAAGGGAGCUGGGGAGGAAAAGGGGGAAAGAAAACCCACAUAUAGGGCUUUAAAGAGUAAAAACAGUGACAGCAAAGAGGAGGAAAGAAGACCCAUAGUUAGCCUCUAAGGACAGACUGGGUCGGUGGAGCCAAAAGUGGACCUUUAAAGAAGAGCAACAGUCCAAGAGAGCUGAGGAGGAAAAGAGGGGGGGAAAGUAAAGAAGACCCUCAGUCAGCAUAUAGGGACUUGAAGAAGAACAACAGGCACAGCAAAAAGACCUGAGGAGAAAAAAGGGGGAAAGGAAAGAAGACCCUCAGUUAAUGGAUAAGGACAGACUGGGUCAGUGAAAGUGGAGCCAAAAGAGGAGGGAAAGGGAAAGAAGUCACAAAGUCAGUGUAUAGGGAUUUAAACAGUAACAGCAAAGAGACCUGAGGAGGAAAAAAGGGGGGAAAGGAAAGAAGGUCCUCAGUUAAUGAUAAGGGCAUGUUAGAUUAGUGGAGCCGCAAAAUGGAGAUUUAAAGAAGAAGAACAAUAACAGCAGAAACCAGAGUAGAAAGGGAGAGAAACCCCACAGUCAGUAUAUAGAGAUUUAAAGAAGAAGAACAGUAACAGCAAAGAGAGCUAAGGAGGAAAAGGGAAGAAGACUCUCAGUCAGCGUAUAGGGCUUUAAAGAAUAAAAUCAGUAACAGAAAAUAGACCUGAGGAGAAAAGGGGAAAGGGAAAGAAAACCCACAGUCAGUAUAUAGGGCUUUAAAGAAUAAAAGCAGUAACAGCAAACAGUGCUGAGGAGAAAAAAGGGAAAAGGAAAGAAGGUCCUCGGUUAAUGCAAAAGGGCAGACCAGUUGGUGGAGCCAAAAGUGGAGAUUUGAAGAAUAAAAACAGUAACAACAGAUAGACUUGAGGAGAAAAAGGAAGGAAUCUAUAAGUUAAUCUAUAAGGACAGACCAGAUUGUUGGAGCAAAAAAUUGGAGCUUUAAAGAAGUCCAAAAGUAAAUAGACCUGAGCGGGAGGAAAAGGAAAGAAGUUCCUCAGUUAAUCUGUAAGGACAGAGCUGUCAGUGGAGCUGAAAGUGGAGCUUUAAAGAAUAAAAACAGUAACAGCGAAUAGACCGAGAACAAACAGGGAAAAAGGAAAGAAGACCCUCUGUCAGCAUAUAGGGGUUUAAAGAAGAACAACAGUAGAAGCAAAAUGGAGACUCAAAGAGAAAACUCCUUUUCCAGGAGGUACCUGGAUUUCCAUCACAGUUAUAUAUGAAUAUUUUUUGUCGGCAGACGUGUUCAGAAAGAACAGCACACCAACUCUGUCUGCUUGAUGUGAAUCCUGACUGUGGGAUCCUUCUUCCCCACCCAAGGUUUCCUUUUGCAGCAUCUCUUUCCAAGAUGCCUCCUCUUCUUUCAGACACGAAAUGGAGUCUUCUUCAUAUACUUCAUUCCAGUUAAUGCAAAGGACACUUUUGCCACCUCACUGGGAAACCUAAGAAGUCCUUUAUUUGUGCUGCAUGUGACCCUGUCACAGCCCAAAAGUUUUCCUCACCUGCAAGAGCUUUCCCAAGACACUUCUUCAAAAUGAAGAAAUUUCCUUUUCACAAAGUUUUAGAUGGCUUAACGUCAUCCACAAGUGGCAACAGCAGCAGUGGGCCUGGAAGUGGCUCUGGCCUUGCCGGAGGGACCCCAGGGACCCCAAGAGAGGAGGUCCAAGAGAGACUCACUUCAGACUAUUUUCAGCUGUGCAAGACAGUUCGCCACGGGUUUCCAUAUCUACCCACUGCCUUAGCUUUUGACCCAGUUCAGAAGAUUCUGGCUAUUGGGACAAGAACAGGUGCCAUUCGCAUAUUGGGUAGACCGGGUGUUGACUGUUACUGCGAACAUGAAAGUGGUGCUGCAGUUCUGCAGCUUCAGUUUUUAAUUAAUGAGGGUGCUUUGGUCAGUGCAGGUUCAGAUGACAUGCUCCAUUUAUGGAAUCUAAGACAGAAACGCCCAGCAAUUCUUCAUUCUCUGAAAUUUAACCGAGAACGGAUUACCUUCUGUCACUUACCUUUCCAAAGCAAAUGGCUCUACGUUGGUACAGAGAGAGGGAACACUCACAUUGUAAAUAUAGAAUCCUUCAUACUUUCUGGAUAUGUUAUCAUGUGGAACAAGGCAAUAGAACUGUCCACCAAGACGCACCCUGGACCUGUUGUGCACCUAAGUGACAGCCCAAGAGAUGAAGGGAAACUGUUAAUGGGCUAUGAAAAUGGGACUGUAGUACUCUGGGACUUGAGAUCUAAAAGAGCAGAUUUAAGAGUAUACUAUGAUGAGGCUAUUCAUUCUAUUGGAUGGCACAAUGAAGGGAAGCAGUUUAUGUGCAGCCAUUCUGAUGGAAGUUUGACUUUUUGGAAUCUAAAAAGUCCCAGUAGGCCUUUCCAGAUAAUCAUUCCACAUGGUAAGAUUCAACGAGAUGGGAAAAAAACAGAAUCUUGUAAGCCAAUUCUUAAAGUGGAGUACAAGACCUGUAAAAACAGUGAACCUUUUAUAAUUUUUUCUGGUGGACUUUCUUAUGACAAACCUUGGCGGAGACCAAGUCUGACGAUCAUGCAUGGAAAAGCAAUUACAGUGCUUGAAAUGGAUCACCCCAUUGUUGACUUUUUAACACUCUGUGAAACUCCAUACCCAAAUGAGAUUCAAGAACCCUAUGCAGUAGUUAUACUGUUGGAAAAAGAUCUCAUUGUCGUUGACCUGACUCAAAGCCAUUUUCCAAUUUUUGAAAAUCCUUAUCCCAUGGACAUUCAUGAAUCGCCAGUUACCUGCACACAAUAUUUUGCUGACUGUCCUCCAGAAUUGAUUCCUGUGCUAUAUUCUGUAGGCGCUAAACAUAAGAAGCAAGGAUACAGCAGUAAGGAGUGGCCAGUCAGUGGUGGAGCAUGGAACCUGGGUGCACAGACAUAUCCUGAAAUAAUUAUUACAGGUCAUGCAGAUGGAUCAGUAAAAUUUUGGGAUGCUUCUGCCAUUACAUUGCAGAUGUUGUACAAGUUGAAAACCUCAAAGGUGUUUGAAAAACAGAAGUUGGAAGGAAAACCAACAGGAGAAAUUGUAGAAGAGGAUCCUUUUGCCAUCCAGCUGAUGUACUGGUGUCCUGAAAGUAGAAUAUUUUGUGUAGCAGGAGUCUCCGCAUAUGUUAUUGUUUAUAGAUUCAGCAAACAUGAAGUUAAUACUGAAAUAUCAUCUUUAGAGGUGCAACUUCAAAGUGACAUAGAAGAUAACAUUAGUCCUGAGGCAGAAGUGAUUCUUCCAUUUUCAAAUGCCUCCUCUCACCUUUCAUCUUUAAAAGACCUCUCAGGCAGUACAAAUACUGUAGCAUCUGAAGGAAUGGUGAAGGAUAGUAUCCCAUGUCUCAGUGUUAAGACACGUCCUGUGAGGAUGCCUCCUGGUUACCAAGCAGACCUUGUUAUUCAGUUGGUGUGGACUGAUGGAGAUCCUCCCCAGCAAAUAACCAGCCUAGCUGCAAACUCAGCAUAUGGAUUAGUUGCAUUUGGAAACUGCAAUGGUUUGGUUGUUGUGGAUUUUAUACAGAAGACUACACUGCUAAGCAUGGGAAGCUUUGAACUUUAUGGAUCAAGUGAUUUGCAUCAACACCAGCCUCGUUCUCCCCGUAGAAGCAAACAAUUUACUGCAGACAACUUUUGCAUGCGUGGCCUGUCUAACUUUUAUCCUGAUUUAACGAAACGGAUCCGUACUUCCUACCAGAGCCUAACUGAGCUAUCAGAUGGUCCAGUUUCAUUGGAGUUGGAGCGGUGCAAGUCCCCCACAACUUCAGAUCCUGUAAAUGGGCACUGUACAAGUCCUACUUCUCACAGCUGCAGCUCUGGAAAACGGCUAUCCAGUGCAGAUAUUACAAAAAUCAAUCGCUGGGGUCCUGGAAAGCCUCCAUUUAGGAAAGCACAAUCUGCAGCAUGCAUGGAAGUUUCUUUGCCUGUCACAACAGAAGAUAACAGAGAAAAUUCCCUAAGUCAUUCUCGAAGCUCUAGUGUUUCCAGUAUUGAUAAGGAGACAAAGGAAACAAUUACAGCUUUAUAUUUCACAGAAUCAUUUGCACGGAAAAAUGACACAACAGUAUCUCCUUGCCUUUGGGUUGGUACAGGCCUGGGGUUGGUCUUAACUGUGUCCCUUAAUCUGCCCAGUGCAGAUGAAUUAAGACACACUGAGCCAGUAACAGCUUCUCCAAGUGGUACAUUUCUAUCAUUGAAGGGAGCAGUGUUAACUUUUGCUUGUUUGGAUUGCUCGGGGACAUUAAUACGCCCUCCGUAUGAAGCAUGGAGUGAUCCAAACAGCACCGAGGAGAGUGAAAAAACAAAGAAAAGGAAACUUGUCCUGCAUUCUUCAUGUUCCCAGGACACGGGAGACCACCAGUUUGCCAUUAUCUGCUCAGAAAAGCAAGCCAAAGUAUUUUCACUGCCUUCCCAAAUAUGCCUCUAUGUUCACAACAUCACAGACACACCCUUCUUAUUGCGAGCAGACGUGGUGACUCUGUGUAAUAGUGCAUGCCUGGCGUGCUUCUGUGCCAGUGGGCGCAUCAUGAUCCUGAGUGUACCAAGCCUACGCCCAUUGCUCGACGUUAAUUAUUUGCCUGUAGCGGACAUGAGGAUUGCCCGGACCUUUUGUUUUACCAACGAAGGACAAGCUUUGUAUCUUGGCUCUCCCACAGAAAUUCAGCGACUGAACUACAGCCAGGAAAUGUUUGACAGUCUGCAGGACAUGCUCGGGGAGCUGUUCACGCCUGUAGAACCCCCUGAGGCUCAAUACCGAGGGUUUCUGAAGGGGCUGUUUGGCGGGAGUGGUGGAACACUCGACAGAGAAGAGCUCUUUGGUGAGGCUACAGCAGGAAAAGCAUCUCGCAGCCUUGCUCAGCAUAUCCCUGGAUCUGGUGGUGUUGAAGGCGUGAAAGGAGCUGCAGGGGGGGCUAUUGGAGAUUUGGCUCGCGCACGUCUUGCUCUUGAUGAAAGGGGACAGAAGCUGGGAGAACUCGAUGAGAGGACAGCACGAAUGAUGGCCAGUGCAGAAGCUUUCUCCAAACAUGCACACGAGGUAAUGCUGAAAUACAAGGACAAGAAAUGGUAUCAGUUUUGACUUUUAAGUAUGAAGUUGCACCUUAGAGUCUCAAGAACAGAAGGUAAAGGAGGCCUUAUUCUCAAAAAUCAGGUCCAGGACAGAAGCAGUCGAUACCUUUGGAAAACUUUCCCUCUUUCAGCACACCAGUUGAUCAAGGAAGAAGGUUUUCAGAUUUUUGCAUCUGGUGGACCAUUACAAUUAAUUUAUGUUGAAUAUUUUCCAAUGAACAAUUGUCGUCAACAGGUAAUUUCACUGGCUUUAGGUAUGAACUCUGGGGAAGAUUUCUCCUGGCUUAAAAUAUACUGUACAAACUAGACUGUCAAUGCAUUUAAAAUGAGCAAAACUGUGCAUGACUAACUGACUUCUUAUAUGACAAAGACAAAAGCAAAGCAUGCUGUGAUUGAGGGAAAGGGAUUUCAAGGUCCACAAAGGAAAAAACAAAAACAGGAAAUAUUUGUGUUUUUAAAAUAAGUUGGUACAUCUCAAGCAUGUUGCCUUCGACGGAUGAGCUGCAUUUCUCACAUCUGACAUUCCUUUCUGUAGACAAUCUUAGGUUUAAAACACUCAUGCAUUUCAUUAGUAGAAAAAUAAAAUAACAUUAAAAUCUA